AUGGAUCUGUUUUCCGCUGUCCACGAAAAUAUGCUAGUGGCGGAACAAGCUAAAGCUGCAGACGAAAUGGUAGCCCAAUCUGAGCUACAUGGCGUUGAGAAAGAGCUAGACAAUCAACCAAAGGAAGUGAAGGAGGCUGCAAAGGAAGCAGUUGAAACUCACAAGAAAGCAUCCGAUGCGGCAAUUAGCCCCUAUUGGUACUUAGAUGACGAAACUCGUCGUGCCAACCAGUUCUCGGACCGCAUCAUGGAGAAGUUGCUAUCAGUGAUGAUAGUCAAUGAGCUUGAUGGACCGCUGAAGCUACUGCCAAUGAGGAUGGCUAUGCAAAAGCAACGACCACCCUUUUCCAUGAGCGUCAUGAACACUAACAGCACUCAAUUGGCUCAAAAAGCUUCCCCCAUGUUCGAGGGUUUCGAUGCCAUCUUUAUGUGUCUCACCUGGUACAACCCCAACUUUACUGUUGGCAUGCUUUUAAUUAUAACUCACGCAAUACUCAAGCCGCAACUAUUUGUGCUGUUUCUUCCGGCGCUAGUCUUGGUGAAGUAUAUGUUCCCGAGCUAUCUUAAAUUGUAUCCCAGUGAUGAAACUUUUGUGGAUGGAGUGUAUUUGGAAAGAAACCCAAUCCCUCAUCUGGGGAAACCACUCGGGAAGUACGAAGCUCCCAAACCAGCGCCAAUGUACUCAAAAGAGUACCUAAUGAACUUCACGGACAUGCAAAAUCAAAUCAUUCCUUACAUCCGUCUCCAUGACUCAUUGCUCGAAUGGGGCCAGCAUUAUUUCUUAUUCGAGGACCAAAAAUUAAGCACAUUAGUCUUCCUUACGUUGACAUUCAUCAUUGCAUUCAACCUUUAUAUCCUACCGGUCGUCACGUCUCUUAUACUAAGCAUAAUAUCCAUACAAGCCAUUGCAAUAAUAGCGACAUGGGCUAUGUUCAUCAGUUGCCAUCCAGUUGUGCAAAAUAAAUUGCUCGAUAUGCUUGACACUGAAGAAGCCAGACUUGCGAGAUUAGACAAGACGGAUCGGGCCGAGAAAUACUUAAUGAGAUACAUUGACGAUACUGCUGAUGACGAAAUCUUUUGUGAGACUGAAGUCUUCGAGUUGCAGCAAUAUAACCAUAAGCUGAGGCAAUGGAAACCUGUUGGUUAUUCCAAAGAGUUCUUCUCGCUUAAUCAUCCUGACAGACUUUUGAAGGAUGACACUAAUGCAGAUGAUCUGUUUGACUCCACCAUCGAGGAACAUGGGAUCACUUCUGGGUUACAAAUAGUGGCGGCAUUAACUGACAUAAAGCUGCCUCUCGGAUGGAAGUUCCUGAAACAAAGUGAAUGGACUAUCGACCUCGAUCCGCAUCUGUGGGUUGACGAUAAUUGCAUUAUGGACGUGGUUAGCGUAGAUAUUGAUGAGAAGUGGGUUUAUGAUGCGGUCAACGAAGAAGCAGAUGGCCAAGGGCCAAUAUAG